CCUGCUUAAAAGGCCACCGCUUCGCAUGCCUUUUAACGACUCUCCUUCUUCACCUUAAAUUAGAAAGGCCUGGACGAACCUUGGACAUCUCCCAGCACUGGAGACUCGCCCAAUGCCACCUCCACCCGCACCGCCUGCUGCUCCACUGCCGCAGCAAAAGAAGUAAAAACGAAGAAUGGCGCAAUCCUUUAAACUCAAAGUUAACACUCUCCUUAAUAAGCUCGGUGACCGAGACACGUUCUCUCUCGCCGCUGCUGAGCUCGAGUCCAUUUCUAGAAACCUCGAUGCUACAUUACUUCCGACUUUCCUUUCCUCUAUUCUUUCCGUUGAUUCCUCCGAUAAAAUAGGAAUCCGGAAGCAAUGCGUGAAGCUUAUUUCUGUUUUAGCCGUUGCAUAUCCAAAUUCUCUCCCUCAUUUCCUCCCUAAAAUCCUCUCUAGCCUCCUCCGCCGCCUCCGGGACCCCGACUCCACCGUCCGCUCCGCCUGUGUAGACGCCGUCUCCGCUCUCUCCGCCAACCUCACAAAAUGCAACUUCUCUUCGUUUUUGAAGCCUUUGAGCGACGCGCUUUUCACGGAACAAGAACCGAACGCGCAGAUCGGGGCGGCAUUGUGUUUAGCUGCUGCGGUUGACGGGUCGCCGGGCCCGGAUCCUGUUAGGCUGGCGAGGAUGCUGACGAAGCUGGAGAAACUCGUGAACUGCGAUGGGUGCAAGGCGAAGGCGGCGGUUUUGGUGGUGAUCGGGAGUGUGAUCGGGUCGGGUGGGGCGUCGAAUUUGGGUCAAGCCAUGAUGAAGGAAUUGGUUGGAUGCUUGAUUGGGUUUCUGAGUAGUGAAGAUUGGGCAGCGAGGAAGGGAGCGGCCGAGGCCCUUGGGAGGUUGGCGGUGGUUGAGAGGGAUUCAUUGACUGAGUUUAAAACUGUUUGCAUGAAAGUUUUUGAGGCUAGAAGAUUUGAUAAGGUAAAAGCUGCUAGGGAGGUUAUGAGUCAGAUGUUAGAGGCGUGGAAGCAGGUUCCUGAUGUUUCAGAAGAGGCGUCUCCGCCACCUCGAUCGCAGGCUUCUUCUAAAGAGGAUGUAAGUGACGGACGCUACCCACCCGGCUCUAAAAUUUCUUCCAAUGCGGAUGUUGCAGCUCCUCAAACUAGAAAGAAACCUACUUUGAUUACAAGGUCAACUCCGCCUGAUAGUUCCUUUGCAACCACAGCUAGGAAGAGAAGUCCUUUAAAGGCAACCAUUCAGAAAGUUAAUGGCAAGAAGCCCCUAGACUGGAGAGUUGAGAUUGCUGUUCCUCAUGCCACUACUGUGACAGGGGCACGUGAGGGUAGUGUUAAGGAGAGGAGUGAGAAUGUAUUACAAAGGAAGAAUAAUGAGAAUGUGAAGUCUACAAAGUCUGAAAUAAAGCGAUCCCUUUUCCGUAAUAAGAAUUCUGAUGACAAGCACAACAAAGUUGGUGGUUCAAAGUCUGGAUCUCGCGUGGCUCCUUGUCAUGAGGAAACCCCUGAAUCCACUGUUGUGGUUAGUAAUGCCUAUGAGAAUCUCAAUGCAAACCAUAAAGACUGUGAGGAUUUAUCUCUGAUCCGCAACCAACUGGUUCAGAUAGAAAAGCAGCAAUCUAGCCUGCUAGAUCUCCUGCAGAGAUUCAUUUGUAGCUCACAGACUGGGAUGAAUUCACUGGAGACACGCGUGCAUGGUCUAGAACUGGCUUUGGAUGAGAUCUCACAUGACUUGGCUGUAUCAACUGGAAGCAUGUCUACUUCCAGCAGCACCACUUGUUGCCUACUACCUGCUGCAGGUUUUUUGAGCUCCAAGUUCUGGAGGAAAACACAUGGCCAAUACAUUACCUCUAGGUUUUCUACUUCCAGCGGCACCCCUUCAGUGGCUGCCACACGCUAUAGAGCCGAUCGAAAUUGCAAUGCUGAAACAUUUAAGUUGGAGAACCAUAGGUUACGUCUUCAAGGUGGUGGUGGAUUUAUUAUGAAUCCAUUGGCAGAAAUUCACAGUGAUUCAAGGCCUUUCUCUGAGAUAACACAUCAGUGACAACAGCACCAGAAGCAGCAGGUUUGCAGCAUGAUUGGGACUUGGGGGUCAAGGAAAUGCAAUGUUUUGCCCAAUUUUAUGUGGGUGGUGCCCUAUUGUGAAGUUGCCUAAAGCAAAUUGCUUGGUGGGGUUCUCAUACAGUUCAUUUUAAACUCACCUCAUAAAGCCUACCGUCUUGUCGUUCUUCUGGUGAAACCAAAAGUAGUAUCAUCUGAUAAUUUCUUCAUUUUUGGUUUAGACCUUUUUAUCCCUACAAAAUUUUUUUAGAGGCAUAUGAAGACUGGAGAAAGAGUGGGCUACACCACCUCAAUUUUCCAGCCUGGUAUAGAGUGUGAAAAUGUGUACAGCUUCCUGAUGUUUUUGGAACACUUUGUUUUUUCUUUCUUGCUUUACAGAUCAUCUGAAAGGGCAAUCACUAUCAUUUUACUUUGAUGAUGAGCAUCCUUAUAAUACAGCAACACUAGCAGUUUUAAGAUGGUGGGGUCUAAUUAAGUUAAUGCAAACGAGAAAAAUGCUUCUUAACCUAACGCUUUGUCCCACAUGAUACACAGUUAUUAGUUUACUAUUAUUUAUACAUAGAAAUUGGAUUC